AUGAUCAAGAACGACCUUGCACAAGUCGACCUCGAACAACUGAAAGAAUGGCUCAACGCCAACACGACCGAGGACAAGAGCAUCGCAGAGGAGGAAGAAGAGGAAGAUAGCGAGGCACAAAGCACAGGCGCCACUGUGGUAUCAACAACCGCAGCCUUCGAAGAUGAGGGGGUGACAGAGGUGAUCGACGAAGAGGAGGAAGAAAUACUGGACAGUAUCACCGUCAAAGGCGACCAUACAUCCACCUUCGAAGACUUCUACCCGACACCACCACAAACGCCGCCCCCAGGCGACCUGCUUGCCGCAGCUUUCCACGGCAUGAGAAAUCUCCAAGGCACACAAUCGUCGCCCACCAGUAGUGGAGAGCACCCCAGGCCACCAGGGCCGGAGGUCGCCCGAAGGCAACGAAAGCCACCACGCCAGAGCGCGGGCUCCGCAACCAUCACCAUAGCUGAGAUCAACGUGGCCAGGGCACAGCCAGGCAGUAUCAACAACCUCCAUCAAUCUCAGCUUCCGGCCCCACCAAAACGGCAUCAUGACCUCGUCGAGCCGCACUUCCCAGUCAUCAACCCACGAAAAGGGAAGCCACGACACCAGCGGCACCCACUGGCCGACCUAUUCCUCCAGGCCGAACGAGACCACCUGCAAAGCCAUGAGAAAACAGGGUCCUGGGAGGAAGUGUCGCGCCACAGCGACCAAAUACAGGGCAAUCAAAUCCUCGAUUGCAUGUGGGUUUACACCUACAAAUUCAACACUCGCGGCUUCCUGGCCAAAUGCAAGGCGAGGUUAGUUGUCCGUGGGGACCAACAGAGGGUCAAUCAUGCCGAGGAGAACUACGCGGCCACUCUCGCAGUGCGGUCCUUCCGGGCAGUCCUGGCCCUAGCCGCCCGCUUCGACUUGGAACUCAAGCAAUUCGAUGCAGUCAACGCUUUCGUCAAUGCCAAAAUAGACGAGGAUGUCUAUAUGGAGAUGCCCACAGGCUACCGGAGGCCAAGCAGGGUCCUCAAGCUCAAGAAGGCACUUUAUGGGCUCAGGAAGUCUCCCCUCCUCUGGCAAAAGGAAUUGACAGCUACGUUGACCAAACUCGGCUUCAAGGCUCUACCCCACGAGCCCUGUAUGAUGAUACGGAAAGGAUGCCUCAUCUUCUUCUACGUGGACGACAUCGUCGUCGCGUAUCGCAAAAACGACAGCCAUAUCGCCAACGCAGCGAUCAGUGGGCUAAAGGCCAAAUACGAGCUCACUGGUGGCGAGGACCUUCGCUGGUUCCUAGGCAUUGAAAUUCACCGCGACCGCGCGAGACGCUACAUCUGGCUGUCCCAGACGGCUUACAUCGACAAGAUCGCCGAGUUGGCGCAGUCUGACGACCUCCCCCGCACACCAAUGGGCCUGCGAGAGCUUCAGCCAUACGAAGGGAUCGCGACGAGGCAAUCAACCCGCCUGUACCAGCGAAAGGUCGGUUCCAUCCUUUAUACCGCGGUCAUCACCCGCCCCGAUGUGGCCUUCGCAGUCGCCCGGUUGGCCAGGUUCAAUCAAAACCCUGGACCAGAACAUCACCGCGCGGCGGACCAGGUCCUGCGAUACCUGCAUGUAACAAGGUCUCUGGCUCUGAGGCUAGGCGGCGGCGACUACCUCCGAGUGGCCAGCGAUGCCUCUUUUGCCGACAACUCCAUCGACCGAAAAAGCUCACAGGGCUACGCAAUUACCUUGUUCGGAGGUCUCAUCGCCUGGCGCGCCAGCAAGCAAGACACAGUAACCACCUCAACCACCGAGGCAGAACUCCUCGCCCUGGCGCAAGCGGCCAAAGAAGGACUGUUUAUCCAACGACUGAUCGCUGAAAUGGCGAUCAAACUCGACGACGACGUCCUGGUUCUCGAAUGCGACAAUACCAACACAAUCUCCCUUGUGACGAAAGAAAUCGCCGUCCUCCAAACGAAGCUCCGGCACGUGGACAUCCACAACCACUGGCUCCGACAAGAAUAUCAACGCGGGAAGAUCCACGUAAAAUACGUGCCUUCCAAGAAAAUGGUGGCCGACGGCCUGACCAAGGCGCUCAACGCAGACAACCACCAGGAGUUCCCAUCAACACCCUCUACUCCGUUCCUUUUGACCCAAGCCUUCAGUGAUCUGCUCAAUGCCUUGAAAUACCGCUGGUUCCAACAUCUUGCCGCUCUGCCCGUUUCCCCUAAGCAUGAGUCUGCAUCUGAAGAGAAGGAUUGUAUUGACAUCGUUUCAGUCGACGGCUACACGUUCGACCAGAUUGUCGCAUACAUCGUUGACGCCCGCCGCAGCGGAACCGAAUCCAUCAUCAGCUUGCGCUACCCGGCUGACCCCGCGUGGGACCUGGGCGGCGAGUCUCAACACCAUGUAGAGAGAAAGCUUCUGGAUUACGUCGAGCUUACUCGGGGCAAAGUCCAAGCAGCCGUCGCCCUAAACGGGCAAUACCCAAGUGGCAGAAACGCUCAGGUGGCCCUGCGUGUGGUAGAUGGCGCUACCACAGGCACUUGGGUCAAGUAUUUCGACACCGUGUACGAUGAGGACUUCGUACAGCAAUCUGACGGCCAACUUGAGCUCUACAUCUCCGACUUUUUUGGUCCCGCCGGCCUCCCAGCCAGUUUUUGCCGCCCUUCCGCCGCCGAGCUUGCUAGCGGAGUCUCGCGGGAUCUCCAGGUCAUCCUGACCUAUAAACGCCUUCGAAGCAUCUUCCUCAAAGGCCCGGAGCAUUCAUCAAGGGACAUAGCCUGGUGA